AUGGCACUCUAUGGGGCCCCAAUAUGGGCAGAAUCCCUGAACGCUCGGAACGUGGCCCUGUUGCGCAGACCCCAACGGGUUAUAGCCACAAGAGCGAUACGAGCGUACAGGACGGUCUCCUUUGAGGCGGCGGCGUUGCUGGCCGGCAGCCCACCAUGGGACCUGGAGGCUGGGGUCCUGGCGGCGGUAUAUUGGCAAGUUGCGGAAGAGCGGGCGGCGGGAAAUCGUCCACUUCCGGAGGAGAUCAAGCUUUGGAGGGAGGAGGCCAAGGAUGACCUUCUCCGGAGGUGGGAUGAAAGGCUAGAAGCCCCGAGCGCAAGCCGCGAGGUGGUGGGCGCAGUACGCCCAGUCCUUAGGGACUGGUUGAAGCGCGACUUCGGGCCAAUGACGUACCACUUGACACAGGUACUUACUGGGCACGGUUGUUUUGGUAGGUACCUGUGGCGAGUGGCACGACGAGAGGACACAGCGGUGUGCAAGCACUGUGACAGAGGUGAGGAGGACACGGCGCAUCACACCCGCGCCGUAUGCCCUGCGUGGGAUGAACCGAGAUCGGAGAUGGCUGCGGUUCUUGGAGCAGACCUAUCGCUGCCGGCAAUAGCCAGUGCGAUGGUCCGUAACAGAGGCACCUGGGAGGCGGUCGUCGCGUUCUGCGACGCUGUCAUGUCCCUAAAGGAGGCGGCGGAGAGAGAGCGAGAGGACGAUCCCCUCUCGCUCCCUAUCAGUCAGUGGCAAAAGCCGCAAUAG